UCUUCUUAUCCGUAUCCAUGGUUCUUGCUUUUGAUUUUGGGCUUUGCAGUUCUGAAAGCGAGAGACAUAUAGAAUGAGAAGUCAGAUUUCUUGGCGUCGUUUAUAUGAAUCAAAAUCUCUUACUUUGACUUUUUACUCUGUUGUAUUCUAAUCUUGUAUAGUAUCACUCAAAAGACUAAACGUUUUCUCUUAUUGGGUUGUUUUUAGUUAAUCGAUGUGUAUUAUUAACUCGAUGUUCUUGGUUGCUUAAAAUUGAAGCUGGAAGGAACUGAUUCGAAUAUUUCCCUAAAAUUUGUAUUGCAUAAGAAGAUUUUCAAUCUUUCUUCUAUCUUGAGUUCUAGAUAUGUGUGUGGUUUGACUUCAUGAUUGGUUUUUGCUUCUUUUUUCUUGAUGUUAUCCCUUACUAUUUUGAUUUCACCUUUCGUCACUAGUUGCGUACAAGAAUUUAAUAAAGCAAUGAAUGGAAUUUUCCUGUUUUUUUGGGGAGUCGUUUAACUGUUAAACUAUGUUUAGUUGGUCCACACAUAGUGCUGUUAUAUAAAGUGACAUUCCAAUAAGUGGAAACUUGACUUCUGAACUUUUUCUUUCUUUCUUUUUCUGCUUAGCAAAAGUUUUAUCUAUAUUAUCUAUUUGACACCCUCCAAACACUAUUCGGGCGAUAUGGAUGAUGAAGAGUUAGUUUUGAUGAUUUGAGGAAAACAUGAAUUCGACAUCGACACAUUUUGUGCCACCGAGAAGAGUUGGUAUAUACGAACCUGUCCAUCAAUUCGGUAUGUGGGGGGAGAGUUUCAAGAGCAAUAUUGGCAAUGGGAAUAUGAACACACCAAGCCACAUUAUAAUACCGGCCAAUAAUCAGAAACUAGACAACAAUUUGUCAGAGGAGACAUCCCAUGGAACAGCAGGAACUCCUCACAUGUUCGAUCAAGAAGCUUCCACGUCUAGAAAUCCGGAUAAGAUACAAAGACGGCUUGCACAAAACCGCGAGGCUGCUAGGAAAAGUCGCUUGCGCAAGAAGGCUUAUGUUCAGCAGCUUGAAACAAGCCGGUUGAAGCUAAUUCAAUUAGAGCAAGAACUCGACCGUGCUAGACAACAAGGAUUCUACGUGGGGAACGGAAUAGAGACUAAUUCUCUCGGGUUUUCGGAAACCAUGAAUCCAGGGAUUGCUGCAUUUGAAAUGGAGUAUGGACAUUGGGUUGAAGAACAGAACAGACAGAUAUGUGAACUAAGAACGGUUUUACAUGGACACAUAAACGAUGUGGAGCUUUGUUUGCUAGUUGAAACCGCCAUGAAACAUUACUUCGAGCUUUUCAAAAUGAAAUCGACCGCUGCAAAAGCGGAUGUCUUCUUCGUCAUGUCAGGGAUGUGGAAAACUUCAGCGGAACGGUUCUUCUUGUGGAUUGGCGGGUUUCGACCGUCGGAUCUUCUCAAGGUUCUUUUGCCACAUUUUGAUAUCUUGACGGAUCAACAAAUACUAGAUGUAUGCAAUCUAAGACAAUCUUGUCAGCAAGCUGAAGACGCGUUGAGUCAAGGUAUGGAGAAGCUGCAACACACGCUUGCUGAUUGCGUUGCAGGGGGACAACUCGGUGGAGGAAGUUACAUUCCUCAAGUGAAUUCUGCUAUAGAUAGAUUAGAAGCUUUGGUCAGUUUUGUAAAUCAGGCUGAUCACUUGAGACACGAGACAUUGCAACAAAUGUAUCGGAUCUUGACCACACGACAAGCGGCUCGAGGGUUAUUAGCUCUUGGUGAGUAUUUUCAACGGCUUAGAGCCUUGAGCUCAAGUUGGGCAACUCGACAUCGUGAACCAACGUAGAUAUGAGUUUUUUUUGAACCAAGAGAAUCAAGAAAAUGAAAGAAAGACCUCAAGAAUCAAGAUGAGUGAGUGCAUCUGAAAACACACAAAACAGAGGAUUGAUUACUCUCUGAAUAAAUUAGGGGGUUGCUGCUGAUAAUUAUUUUUACUCUGCGGCCGAAUCAGAACAUUUGAAAAAAAAAACAAUGUAUUGAUAUAAGUUGUAAAUAUCAGGAAAAGAUGGGGUGCAAAAAUUUGUACUUUGUAGCUUUUAUUUUUAAAAGAGAGAGAAUGUUUGUUUGAUUGUAAA